AUGGGCUGCGUCUUCGGCCGGGCGGCCGCGUCGUCCCCUGCGGCGCCGAGGAAGAAGAGGGGCAAGGAGAGGUCGUCCCCGCAGCCCGAAGCGGGGUCGCCCUCCGCAGUCGCCGCCGCCGCCGGGGACGGGAGGCCGCGGCGGCGGCUCGGGGGCCGCAGGGCAGCGGGGCCCAGGCAGGGGUGCGUCCCCGAGGCCGCCGCGGCGGAGCAGCUCGCCGCCGGCUGGCCGCCGUGGCUCGUCGCUGUCGCGGGGGAGGCCCUCCGCGGCUGGGCGCCGCGCCGUGCCGACACCUUCGAGAAGCUCAAUAAGAUAGGAUCGGGCACGUACAGCAACGUGUACCGGGCGAGGGACACCGUCUCCGGCCGCAUCGUCGCUCUUAAAAAGGUUCGCUUUGAUAACCUCGAGUCAGAGAGCGUCAAGUUUAUGGCCAGGGAAAUACUGAUCCUAAGGACACUCGACCACCCCAACGUCAUCAAAUUGGAGGGCUUGGUCACCUCCAGGAUGUCGUGCAGCCUCUACCUUGUCUUCGAGUACAUGGAGCAUGACCUUGCUGGGCUGGCUGCAAGUCCUGAUGUCAGGUUCACGUUGCCUCAGAUUAAAUGUUACAUGCAGCAGCUGUUGUCAGGGCUUGAGCACUGUCAUGACAAUAAUGUAUUGCACCGGGAUAUCAAGGGGUCAAACUUGUUGUUGGAUAAUAAUGGGAUUCUUAAGAUUGCGGAUUUUGGGCUGGCGACAUUCUUUGAUCCACGGCAUAAACGGCCAAUGACGAGCCGAGUGGUCACGCUGUGGUACCGUCCACCAGAAUUGUUACUUGGUGCCACUGAUUAUAGUGUAGGCGUUGAUUUGUGGAGUGCUGGAUGCAUUCUGGCAGAGCUCUUGUAUGGAAAGCCCAUAAUGCCUGGGCACACUGAGGUGGAACAGUUGCACAAGAUUUUCAAGCUAUGUGGUUCCCCUUCUGAGGAGUACUGGAAGAAGUCUAAAUUGCCACAUGCGACUAUAUUCAAACCUCAACAACCCUAUAAACGUUGCAUCAGGGAGACAUUUAAAGAUUUUCCUACAUCGGCUCUGCCAUUGGUUGAAACUCUGCUUGCAAUUGAUCCAGCUGAGAGACAAACUGCGACAGCUGCAUUACACAGUGACUUUUUUUCAACCGAGCCUUAUGCUUGUGACCCUUCAAGUCUGCCAACAUAUCCACCAAGCAAGGAGAUGGAUGCCAAGUUAAGAGAUGAGGAGGCUAGAAGACUACGAGCUGCUGCAAAGGCCAAAGGAGAAGCAAAAAGGACUCGACCACGGGAUCAAUCUCGCAGGACUGGACCAGCACCAGAAGCUAAUGCAGAGAUUCAAGCGAACUUAGACCAGAGGCGACGGAUGAUAACUCAUGCGAAUGCAAAGAGCAAAAGUGAGAAGUUUCCUCCUCCACAUCAGGAUGGAGGUAUGGGUAAUCCGCUGGGAUCCUGUCGUCACAUGGAGCCUAUGUUCGAGCACCAGGAUGCUUCCUUCAGUACAGUAGUCCCCAUAGAGAAGGGGACCUCACAAACAUGGUCGGGGCCGUUGUUUGACCCAGCAGCUCUUGGGCAGUCGAGGCGGAAGAAGCAAACUACCCUAGAUGCUAAGGCUGCUGCUUACUCAAAGCAGCUCCAAAAGGACAAGGGAGGGAUACGAGCCCGAUAA